AUGUUUAAUUUUGUACGAAAUUGGUUGUUUCUUAAUGAAACCGAUACAUUGCCAAUAUGGAGUUGUGGUAAAAGUCCAGUAGCCAAUGGCGUUGCGCGUAUUAUUGGUGGCCAGAACGCAGUUCGUAAUUCAUAUCCGUGGAUGGUUUUAUUAGAAACAGAGUUUUCCACUGAUUUGUACAAAUGUGGGGGAGUACUUCUUAGCCAGCUUCAUGUUCUUACUGCUGCUCAUUGUAUGAUCGAUGAUGGAAAUCCACAGAAUGUAACUGUAUUUGCUGGUAUUCAUCAUCGUGAUGAUAGCAAGUAUAGAGUACCUGCCAGGACUAUUACGAUUCAUCCCUGGUACGACAAAAAUACAUUUGCCAAUGACAUCGCCAUUGUAACACUUCGCUCUGCAUUGCCUUCGAACGAUUCACGCAUCGGCACGAUUUGUUUAUCGUCUGAUAAUCCUCUGCUACCGAAUCGGGAUGCAGUUGCAAUCGGCUGGGGAUGUACUACCUAUGAUGGUGACUCACCAGAAAUACUCAAAGAAGUUACUUUGAGGAUACUUGAUGCAAGCAUACAGGAAUGCAGACAAGAGAAGUUGUUUCCAGCAAGAAAGAUCUGUGCAGGAGAACUUGGAUGUGGUCGUGAUACAUGCCAAGGCGACUCAGGUGGACCACUCAUGAUUCGAAAUGCUGAUGGCCGUUGGGAAGUAAUUGGCAUCACCUCAUACGGUAAUAUAGGUGGUAAACUUGAUGCGCCUGGAAUAUAUACUCGUGUGAGCUUUUACAACGGCUUUAUUCGAUCGACAAUAGCUCACUCCAACCACGAUCCAAGAUUUCUAUCAUCUGCGGUCUCAUCAUCUACCACGUUUACAUGCACUCCAUCUGCACUGAACAUUCGUAACGGCAUUUUCGUAAUAAUCUAUUAUUUUGUUUGUAAACUAGCUAAUCAAGAAAGACUUUGA